AUGGAUUAUAUGAAAUUGGGGCUAAAGUCCCGUAAGACUGGUAUCGAUGUUAAACAAGAUAUACCUAAAGAUGAGUACAGUAUGGAAAAUAUUGAUGAUUUUUUCAAAGAUGAUGAGACCAGUCUUAUCAGUAUGAGAAGGAAAAGCAGGAGAAAAUCAUCAUUAUUUUUACCUUCAACAUUAAACGGUAACACUAACAAUGUAUUACCGCCAUUUCUACAGUCAUAUAAAUCUCAAGAAAAUGAAAUUGUUCAAAGUCCAUCUAGAAAUAACGAUGGUUCGAGGCGCUCAUCUUUGUUGAGCCAUCAAUCAAACUUUCAGAGCCCAGCCAAUGAUUUCGAGCCUAUUGAGGAGGAACCAGAACAAGAAGAAAAUGGCAACAGAAGCAAUGAUUUUGCUACACCAACUACAAAGAAAUUGAGUAAGCCCACUUUUAAAAGGAAGUAUUCCACUAAGUAUAGCCUUGACACUUCAGAGAGUCCCUCCGUGAGACUAACACCUGAUAGAAUCACUAAUAGAAAUAUCUAUUCAGAUGUCCCUGAUCUAAUUGCCGAUGAGGACGAUGAGGAUAGAGGAAACACUUCUUUAAACACAUCUGAUAAUGCAGUAUUAGAAGACGAGUUAGAAGAUGACGGGUUUAUACCUGAAAGUGAAGAGGAUGGCGAUUACAUUGAAAGUGACUCGUCUUUGAAUUCUGGCUCGGAAUCACCCAGUGAUGUGGAUGGAGAUGACACUUACCAAGAAGUAGAAGAGGAGGCUCAAGUGGGCGCAAACGACAAUGAAGAUGAUUAUAUAAGACGACAAGCGAAUGACGUGGUUAGAACAGAUUCAAUAAUCGACAGAAAUGGACUGCGAAAAUCUACUAGAGUCAAGGUGGCACCUUUGCAAUAUUGGAGGAACGAAAAAAUAGUAUAUAAGAGGAAGUCCAACAAACCCGUCCUUGAUAUAGACAAAAUUGUCACAUAUGAUGAAUCUGAAGAUGAAGAGGAGAUAUUGGCAGCGCAAAGAAGAAAGAAACAGAAAAAAAAACCUACACCAACCAGACCGUACAAUUAUGUGCCUACAGGGAGACCAAGAGGUAGACCAAAAAAGGAUUCAAAUACAAAGGAAAAUCUGAUUCCAGAAGAUCCCAACGAGGAAAUUAUAGAAAGGAUAGAAUCUGGAGGCAUAGAAAAUGGAGAAUGGUUGAAACAUGGGAUACUAGAGGCUAAUGUGAAAAUUAGUGACACUAAAGAGGAGACUAAGGAUGAAAUCAUCGCCUUUGCGCCGAAUUUAUCACAAACUGAACAAAUAAAAGAUACGAAGGACGAGAAUUUUGCUCUUGAGAUAAUGUUUGACAAACAUAAAGAAUAUUUUGCUAGUGGCAUAUUAAAGUUACCAGCUAUUUCUGGACAAAAGAAAUUAAGCAACUCAUUUAGGACUUAUAUUACGUUCCACGUGAUACAGGGGAUAGUUGAAGUAACUGUCUGUAAAAACAAGUUCUUAAGUGUUAAAGGUUCUACUUUCCAAAUACCAGCAUUCAAUGAGUAUGCGAUUGCCAAUAGAGGAAAUGAUGAAGCCAAGAUGUUCUUUGUGCAAGUGACCGUUUCACAAGACGCUAACAAUGAUAACGACAAGGAAUUGGACAGCACGUUUGACACUUUUGGAUAA